UAUGGGUUUUUCUUGUUCAUCUUAAAAUUUGACCAAAGUUCUUACUAGAAAUUUAAGUUAAAUGCAUAUUUUAAGUAUCAAAAACCAAAAAACACAAACAAAAGCUUAAAACUUCAAAGAAGGUUAAGUUCUUGAAAAUGCAUAAAGGCAAGAUAUGAUUUUAAGGAUUGUUGAAUAGUUUUUCUACAAACUUUGAUAAAAAUGGAGGGAGAAGAAGGCAAGUCAUUGAUGGAGACACCAUCAUGGGCUGUGGCUAGUGUUGUAUCAUUCAUGGUUCUUGUUGGAUUUUCCAUUAAUAGAGCUCUUGGACACAUUGAGAAGUGGUUAUAUAGAACAAAGAGGAAAGCUCUUAAUGCUGCUUUAGACAAGAUCAAAGAAGAACUUAUGUUGUUUGCUGUUCUAUCAUUGCUGAUGGGUCAUUGGAUUGUUUAUGCUGCCAAGAUUUGUGUUAAGUCAUCAACAAUUAGCAGCCGGUUUUAUCCAUGCUCGGUUGAGAAAACUUUUGUUGAGCCACUACAUUAUCAAAUGUCUUUCAGUAACUACUCAAAUUACUCUGUUUCUAGACAUCUUUUGAGCCACAAACACAGUGAAUUCUGUCCUGAGGGUAGUUCAUCUUUUGCUUCAAAAGAAAGUCUUGAGCAAUUACAUCGUUUCUUGUUUGUUUUGGGCGUCACACAUGUAUCUUACAGCUUCUUUGCGAUUGCCCUCGCCAUGAUCAAGAUAUACAGCUGGAGACUUUGGGAAAAUCAAGCCAAGGACAUGGCUCACCCUCAUCCACAAGGAAUGACAAGAUUAUCUACUUUCAUUUAUCGAAAUACUGCUCAUCCAUGGAGCCAACACAAUAUCCUCGUAUGGCUGCUCUGUUUCAGCAGACAGAUAUGGAGUUCUAUAAGUAGAGCUGAUUACCGAGCUCUGAGAUUGGGAUUCAUAACGACUCAUAACUUACCAGUAUCAUAUGACUUCCAUAAUUAUAUGCUUCGAAGCAUGGAAGAAGAGUUUCGAGAUAUUGUUGGGAUCAGCAUCCCUCUCUGGAUUUUCGCGAUUUUGUGUGUUCUUCUUGGUUUUCAUGGAACUCAUAUUUACUUUUGGCUGUCAUUCCUUCCAGUCAUUUUUAUUGCUUUGGUUGGAACAAAACUGCACCGGAUAGUAAUAAAACUGGCUGUUGAAACCAAGAACACAAGUCAAAGGACAGAAUUUCGUCAGUUUAACUUGAGGGAUGAACUUUUCUGGUUUGGGAGACCUAGGCUUCUAUUACGACUGAUACAGUUCAUUUCUUUCCAGAAUGCUUUUGAAAUGGCGACAUGCCUUUGGUCUCUGUGGGAGGUGAACGAAACUUCUUGUUUUACCAAAAACCACACCGUUCUAGUGAUUCGCUUGAUAUUUGGUAUUAUCUCACAGUUUUGGUGUAGUUUCAUCACAUUUCCUCUCUAUGUCAUUGUUACUCAGAUGGGAUCUCGGUAUAAGAAAACCAUAGUUCCUGAAAAGAUAAGAGAUUCAUUACACACAUGGCGGAGGAGGGUAAAAGCGAAACACAGACACAAUUCCACUUUCACCCUCCUACCGGCAACAUCAUCAACCAUGUCUUUGGACUCGAUUGUGUAUGAUGAUGAUGAUGACCAUGAUGAGAUUGAGCCGGUUUUGAGUCCACGUGUUUUCAUGGAAGAACGACAAACUCAAGAUCUUGAAGUCUCAACACAUGGCAAAGAAGAUUGUGAUGAGACAUCUAUUUCAUGCGAUUCAGAAAGAUCUGAACCUGUAAUCAAUACAGAGAGCAUAAAUCAUAUAACUAGUACUUUGUAGCCUUAAGUCAUUAAAUUAUUGUUUGUAUGUAUGGGUUACUGUUAAGAAUUGGGUCACAAACACAAUUGGAUUAAAGAUAUAUAAUAUAUAAGCAAUUCUUGUUUAUAUAUAGUUGAUGAAGCAAAUGAUCUACUUCAUGACAGGUUUAGUCUGGUUCUUCUUGAUGAAUACAAGAUAAACUGCGCACGAUGGAACGCACAAUCGUUAGGAGGGCACGCCGAAGUAAGAGUCUCCUUUGGGUGGCGAUUCCCUACGAGUAACUCAACCUUCUUAAGAGUACUAUACACCACGGUUUGGUUGGAACCAAACCCCAGAUGAAGCAGAAGAGAGGAUUUGAUAUCAAUAUUUGUGCUAAGAGUGAGAGAGUAAAAUAAGUAGAGUGAUGAGUGAAUGAAAAUAUUGUUGGUAAACAUGGCCUUUUAUAGGAAAAGGUGAAGGAGGAUAAUAAUCUGCUCUGAUUGGGCAAUAGUAUUAUCCUCCAUCUAAUGGACAUUGUCCUCCAUAUUAUGAGAGUGACCAACCUCCAGGCUAUCACCUCUUGAUGGACCUUUGGGUAGUAGAUUUGUUCCAUAGUUAAUAAGUUA